UUACUUUAACAUUAGUGGAUAUUUCGCAAGCAAGAAUAAAAGCGUUUUUAUCUUGUUUAUACAAAUACACACAUAUAUAUUUAUAUAUUGCGGUUCUGCAGAUGCUGCAUUGGGUUCCCCCAUAGAUUUAAUUUUUCGUCAAGAAUCUUGCAGCAUUCGGAUAAUUCGGAAAAAUGAGAGGAGGGGGCUUGUGGCAGCUUGGUCAGGCAAUUACUCGUCAAUUGGCUAAGGCUGAAAAGAAGACUAUUGCUCGGCGAUGCUUUGCAUCAGAGGCUGACCUGAAGAAGACUGCUCUGUAUGAUUUCCAUGUUCAAAAUGGAGGAAAGAUGGUUCCCUUUGCUGGUUGGAGUAUGCCGAUACAAUACAAAGACUCUAUAAUGGAAUCUACGGUGAACUGUAGAGAAAAUGGAAGCCUUUUUGAUGUCGCUCAUAUGUGUGGUCUAAGCCUCAAAGGGAAGGACUGCAUUCCAUUUCUUGAGAAGCUCGUGAUUGCUGAUGUUGCUGGGCUGGCACCCGGAACGGGGUCUUUGACUGUCUUCACGAAUGAGAAGGGGGGCGCAAUAGAUGAUUCGGUGAUCACCAAGGUGACGAAUGACCACAUAUACCUGGUUGUGAAUGCAGGUUGCAGAGACAAAGACCUUGCUCAUAUUGAGGAACACAUGAAGGCGUUUAAGUCGAAAGGAGGUGAUGUUUCUUGGCACAUUCAUGACGAGCGGUCCCUUCUGGCUCUCCAGGGUCCUCUUGCUGCACCUGUUCUGCAGCACUUGACGAAAGAGGACUUAAGCAAGAUGUACUUCAGUGACUUCCGAAUGUUAGACAUCAAUGGCGUACACUGCUACCUCACAAGAACAGGGUAUACCGGCGAAGAUGGUUUUGAAAUUUCAGUUCCUUCGGAGAAUGCUGUUGAUCUUGCAAAAGCCAUCCUAGAAAAGUCCGAAGGUAAGGUUAGGCUGACAGGGCUUGGAGCUCGGGACAGCCUCCGCCUAGAAGCUGGUCUGUGCUUGUAUGGUAAUGACAUGGAGCAGCAUAUCACCCCUGUCGAAGCCGGGCUAACAUGGGCUGUUGGAAAGAGGAGAAGGGCCGAAGGAGGAUUCCUCGGCGCCGAAGUGAUACUGAAACAAAUCAAAGAAGGUCCGCCGAUCAGGCGAGUCGGAUUGUUCUCCGACGGCCCGCCUGCCAGAGGACACAGCGAGAUUCAAGAUGAACAGGGGCAGAACAUUGGGGAAGUUACCAGUGGAGGAUUCAGCCCCUGUCUGAAGAAGAACAUUGCCAUGGGGUAUGUUAAAUCGGGGAACCACAAGGCGGGCACCAAAGUGAAGAUCCUGGUUCGUGGCAAGAUCUACAAUGGAUCCAUUACCAAAAUGCCGUUUGUCCCCACUCAAUAUUACAAGCCACCAUCGUCUUAAAAACUGUUUCUUGAUUCUUGACAGACGAUGUUAAUUCGUUGGUGAUUUGUAUCUUUGACAUUAAUGCUGUUUCUUUGGUUAAUUUAAUAACGAGGUUUCUUGCA